CCAAUGGAACCAAUGGACCCAAAUGGCACCAAUGGACCCGAUGGAACCAAUGGAACCAACGGAACCAAUGGAACCAAUGGACCCCAUGGAACCGAUGGACCCAACGGAACCGAUGGAAGCAACAAACCCAAUGGUACCAAUGGAUCCAAUGGUACCAAUGGAAUCAGUGAAAAUCAGUGGCACCAAUGGACCCAACAGAACCAACGGACGCAAUGGUACUGAUGGACCCGAUGGACCCAAUGGCACCAAUGGACCCAACGGACCCAAGAGAACCAACAGACCCAACGGAACCAGUGGACCCAACAGACCCAAUGGCACCAAUGGACCCAAUGGAACCAACGGAACCAAUGGAACCAAUGGAACCAAUGGAACCAACGGACCCGAUGGAACCAAUGGAACCAACGGAACCAAUGGAACCAACGGACCCGAUGGAACCAAUGGAACCAACAGACCCAACAGAACCAACGGACCCAAUGGAAUCAACAGACCCAAUGGACCCGAUGGAACCAACAGAACCAAUGGCACCACUACAUCAGUGCGACUCACCGUCACCAUCACUGCUGAGUCAACGGCACCAGAACUGUAACCGGAACCAGAACCAUUGGGUCAACGUCACCACCAAGUCAACGUCACCGUCACCGCUGCAACACCGUCACUGUCACCAUCACUGCUGGGUCAACAGCACCGGCACCGGCACCAGCACCAUUGGGUCAAUGGCACCAUGGGGUCAGCAUCACCACCGGCUCAACGGCACCAUUGCAACACCAUCACCAAGCAGAUCAGUGUCACCACCACGUCACCAUUACCAUCGGGUCAGCGUCACCGGUGUGUCAACGUUACUGCCUUGUCACCAUCACCACCGGGUCAGUGUCACCGUGGUGUCACCAUCGUGACACCGCCUCCAUCGGGUCAACGUCACCACCUUGUCAGUGUUAGUGCCAGCUCACCAUCACCACCAGGUCAAUGUCACCACCGGAUCAAUGUCACCGUGGUCGUCACCAGCGGGUCAAUGAUGUCACCAUCACAACACCGUCACCGUCGCCGUGACACCAUCACCGUCACCGCUGGGUCAAUGGCACCGCUGUGACACCCUCAACACCGCAUCACCACCACCGUCACAACGGUCACCACCACGUCACUGGCACCACUGCGACACCGGCACUGUGGCACCAGCACCAGCAUUGGCGUCACUGGGUCAACGUCACCACGGUGACACUGUCACCAUCACCAUCAGGUCAACGUCACCAUCACUAUCACUGUCACCAUCACUGUCACCAUCACCAUUGGGUCAGUGUCACCAUCGCUGUCACUGUCACCAUUGGGUCAACAUCACCGUCACCGUCACCAUCGGGUCAAUGUCACCAUUGGGUCAGUGUCACCAUUGUUGUCACCGUCACCAUUGGGUCAAUGUCACCAUCACUGUCACCAUCGGGUCAAUGUCACCAUUGGGUUAAUGUCACCAUCACCGUCACCGUCACCAUCGGGUCAGUGUCACCAUCGGGUCAAUGUCACCAUCACCAUCACCAUCACCAUCACCAUCGGGUCAAUGUCACCAUUGGGUCAGUGUCACCAUCGUUGUCACCGUCACCAUUGGGUCAAUGUCACCAUCACUGUCACCAUCGGGUCAAUGUCACCAUCACCACCACCAUCACUGUCACCAUCGGGUCAAUGUCACCAUUGGGUCAAUGUCACCAUCACUGCCACCAUCACUGUCACCAUUGGACCAAUGUCACCAUGGGGUCAGUGUCACCAUCACUGCCACUAUCACUGUCACCGUCACCAUCAGGUCAGCAUCACCACUGUGACACCAUCACCGUCACCACCACGUCAACGUCACCACUGGGUCACCAUCACCGGCGUGUCAAUGUUACUGCCUUGUCACCAUCACCAUCGUGUCACUGUCACCAUGGUGCCACCACCAUGUCAAUGUCACCACUGUGACACCGUCACCAUCACCUCUGGAUCAAUGUCACCGUGGUGUCACCAUCACCACCGGGUCAGUGUCACCAUCAGACCAAUGUCACCACCACAUCAGUGUCACCCGUGCGUCACCAUCACUGUCACUGCCACGUCAACGUCACCACCGGCUCAAUGGCACCAAUGUCACCAUCACCACUGGAUCAGUGUCACCGUGGUGUCACCACCAUGUCAACGUCACCACCGUGACACCGUCACCAUCACCACCCUGACACUGUCACCACGAUGUCCCCGUUAACACCAAGGCAGUGUCACCAUGGUGUCACCAUCACGACCACGACAACAGCAUCACCGUCACCACCACGUCACCGUCACCACCGGGUCAGUGUCACCAUUGGCUCAAUGUCACCAUGGCGUCACCGCUGGGUCACCAUCACUGUCACCACCACGUCAACGUCACCGUCACCACUGUGUCCCUGUCACAACGCUGUCACCGUCUGGUCACCAUUGUGUCACCAUCACUGUGCUGUCACCCUUGUCACCAUCAUUGCGCUGUCACCAUCCUUGUGGUGUCACCGUCACCACGGUGUCACCAUCACUGCGGUGUCACCAUUGUCCCCGUGGUGUCACCAUCCUGGUGGUGUCACCAUUGUCACCAUUGUCCCCACGGUGUCACCAUCCUUGUGGUGUCAGCACCACUGUGGUGUCACCAUUGUCCCCGUGGUGUCACCAUCCUGGUGGUGUCACCAUUGUCACCAUUGUCCCCACGGUGUCACCAUCAUGGUAGUGUCAGCAUCACUGUAGUGUCCCCAUUGUCCCCAAGAUGUCACCAUCCUGGUGGAGUCACCAUUGUCCCCACUGUGGUGUCACCAUCAUGGUGGUGUCACCAUUGUCCCCACGGCAUCACCAUCACUGUGGUGUCCCCACUGUCCCCAUGGUGUCCCCACUCUGGUGUCACCAUUGUCCCCAAGAUGUCACCAUCCUGGUGGUGUCACCAUUGUCCCCAUGGCUGUGGUGUCACCAUCAUGCUGGUGUCCCCAUUGUCCCCAUUGUCCCCAUGGCAUCACCAUCACUGUGGUGUCCCCAUUGUCACCAUCAUGAUAGUGUCUCCAUUGUCCCCAAGAUGUCACCAUCCUGAUGGUGUCACGAUCAUGGCGGUGUCACCAUUGUCCCCAUUGUCCCCAUGUUGUCACUAUGGUGGUGUCCCCAUGGCCAUGGUGUCCCCAUUGUCCCCAAGAUGUCACCAUCAUGGUGGUGUCCCCAUUGUCCCCAUGGUGUCACCACGGUGGUGUCACCAUCAUGCUGGUGUCCCCAUUUUCCCCAUUGUCCCCAUGGCCGUGGUGUCCCCAUUGUCUCCACUGUGUCACUAUCACUGUGGUGUCUCCACUGUCCCCAAGAUGUCACCAUCACUGUGGUGUCACCAUUGUCCCCAAGAUGUCACCAUCUCGGUGGUGUCCCCAUUGUCCCCAUGGUGUCACCACGGUGGUGUCACCAUCAUGCUGGUGUCCCCAUUGUCCCCAUUGUCCCCAUGGCCAUGGUGUCCCCAUUGUCCCCACGGUGUCACCAUCACUGUGGUGUCCCCAUUGUCCCCAUUGCAGGAGCUGUGGGGUCACACCGUGUGUGGGGACGGGCAAUAAAAUCCCACAGGCUGAACCUAAA